UGUACAAUUGGAAGAGCUUCAAGAUGAUGCAAAUCCCAAUUUUGUAGAAGAAGUUGUCACGUCGUACUAUCGGGAUUCGGCUCGAUUAUUGCUAAAUAUAGAGCAAGCUCUAGAGAAGAAGCCUCUUGAUUUUAUGAAGCUGGACAACUAUAUGCACCAGUUCACGGGCAGUAGUUCAAGUAUUGGGGCCAAAAAGGUGAAAUUUGAGUGCACACAACUCAGAGAGCACUGUAGAGCCGGAAAUGGUGAAGGGUGCAAGAGAACUUUCCAACACCUGAAGAAAGAAUAUGCCAUUCUUAGAAAGAAAUUAGAAGUUUAUUUUCAGUUUGCUAGACAAGCUGGGCCUGUUAAUAAGGCAUGUCGCCCCAAGUAAGGAAUGGAAAUUUUGCACAAUGGCCUGUUAUUUUUGAAGAAUUACAAUGGCAAACUACAAUGUAAAUUGAAGAUAUCUUUAUUGAGGUUGUUGCUCUAAAAUCAUAUGUUAAUUGAAUAAAAUUGGAAAUAUUAUAUCAAUUAUAAGCAAGU